AUGUUGGCUAAUCGGACUUUCCAGCGCGCGCCACGUCAUUUUGGCGUCAGGUACACUGCUAUCACCAAGAGACAGCGUAUUUCUGUUCAACUGUUGAAAGAUUUCCCCGAAUAUGGCGUUCGUGGCCAGAUAGUGCAAGUGAAGCCAAGCGUCAUGAUCAAUAAACUUCAUCCAAGAAACGGAGCGGUGUAUAUGAACCUGCCGGACUCCAAACCGGUGAUUCCCGUUGUGGAAGCCAAGGAUAUCGAGGUGAAGACCAAGGUCGAGCCUGAACAAAAGAAAGAGCCUGAAUUGCUAACAUUGGACGACCUGAUAGCGUUCGACCUUAAUCAAUUGGUUGGAAGCGAAAAAGACUCAAUCAUUGCAAAACUGCCAGGAAAAGUCAUGUUCAGAGCCGAAAAGGCAGGCAACAAACUACGCAACCCUAUUUCUGGAUCCAGAAUCCUCACUACAAUGAACAGAAUGGUUACACAAGAUUUGAAAGAGUUUGAAAACGCAGAGUCGGUUAACAGAUUCUUCUCGGAAGCCAACGUGGAGCUUCAGAUUUUGGACCAGGCAGAAAAUGUUCUCGACAGCAUUCAACAGGAUGGAAUCUACUCGGGACAACUGCUUGACUUGCGCAAUAAUAACGAGGAGUUGCAUAGAUUCAAAAUUGGAGUGAAUGCAAACUGA